AUGGCGGCGUCACUGUUCACCUUCUCCUCCACUUCAAGAAGAGUCGUCCCAGCUCCAAACUCUCCUCCUCUUUCCAUAUACAUCAAAGCCACCAACGUAGUUUUCAACACUGAUAUUCCAGAUGUUCAUAGAGGUCUUGGACUUGAUGAUUUUGUUAAUUUCUUAGUCUCCUGCCGACUCCGAUGCGCAAUCAGUGACGUUCCAUCAGAGUUCUUUCCUGAACAAGUCUGUGAGUUCUACUACACUACAACAAUUAAUGAUGAAAACAACGUCAUCUCUGGGACUAUUGGCCAUGGAAGACACUCAGUAUUUAUUACCGUUGACCUCCUCAGUGUUGUGCUCAGGUUACCAAUCUUUGAACCCUUCUCUGAGCUUCCACCUAUUGAACGCUGUCGACGUCUCUUUGAUCAACUGGGAUAUGAUCACUCAAAGGCUGGUACUCGAUCAGCUCUCAUUCUGCAUCAAUGUAUGACUCUAGGAUGGAAGUUCUUCACCGAUGCUCUAUGCAAAUUUGUGGGUCACAAAUCUCGCAGUGGUGAUCAACUGAGCACUUAUGAGCAACAAGUCGUCUGUUCCCUUCUUCUCAACAAACGACUUGAUUAUGGGGCUUUCUUCUUUGAUCAACUUGUUCAACUUCUUCGUGCAAAUGCACGCACUGAUCAUGUCCCCUUUCCACGCUGGAUUGCUCUUGUGCUAGAUAAAUUUUUCGAUGAAGCUUACUACUCACACUCUGGAAACCCCAUCCAAUGCCCACACAUGUCAAUACGAAUGUAUCAGGAUGAUCCGUUGGAAACUGACAUCGGCAUCUCUGAUCGGAUGAGAGAAUGGAUUGCAAAUCCAUAUACUGUUCCUUCACUAACCGCUGAUACUGAUGAAGGAGCUGAUGGUAACAACGAAGAUCAUGUUGAUCAAGUAGCUGAAUCACAGGAUGCUGCUCAAGGGAAGCCACUAAUUCAGGUGGAGCAACCAUCCCAGGGGGAGCCACCAUCUCAGGAGGAGCAACCAUCCCACGGGGAGAACCCAUCCCAGGGGGACCAACCUUCUCUGGGGGAGCAACCUCACUCACAAGAAGUUCCAGGUACUUCAUUCCUUCAUAUACCAGCCUUAGAAUUUAAUGAGCUUCUGACACUGACUCGGGACAUGAGUCAACGUCUUCUACGAAUUGAGGCCGAUGUACAUCAGCUGAAGGGAGUUCUCUUGCCAACUCCUUCCCCUGGCCCACACAAUGAUGAUGAUCAAAAACGGGGAGACACUGAUGAUGAUCCAAAAGAGGGAGACACUGAAUCUGUUGAGCUUGAAUCUGCGGACAACACUUUAGUUCAGACUGAGCCACCACAGCCGAUGCACGAGUCUGAUAGACCAGCUGCUGACGAGUCAGAUAGACCAGCAGAUACUGAACAGAUUGCUGAAGAUAGUGAGCAUGAUGAUGAAUAUGAUGAUGAGUGUCAGAUGCUGUACAUGAACUUCAUUGAUCCCACUAUUCCAGCUCAAGGAGAAGCCUCUGAGGAUAAUGAAGAUGAACAUGAUGAUGAAUGUCAAAUGCUAGAUAUGAAAUUCAUUGAUCCCAUUAUGCCAGUCCAAGGAGAAGAUUCAGAUGUAGCUAGUGAGGAUACUCAACCUCUAUCUCGCAAGCACAAGGCAUCAGAUACUAAAUUGGCAUCUUCACACACUGAUACUUCUCUUCCUAGCAACAAACAUAUGUCCAUCGUCAGCAUAUCCAACUUGGCAGCUGAAUGGAACAUGUCUCCUGAUCAAGUUAAGCAAAUUCUUGAUGAAGCCAAUCAAGCUCAGCUUCUAAAGAAUAUUGCUCAAGCUGAUGAAUCCCUCAUUCAACAUUAA